AGCAGGAAGGGGACGAAGCGGCCUGGGACCCCGUAAAGAGAAGAGGAGAACGAGGGGACGAGAGCGGAGGAGGAAGAUGCAACUGACUCGCUGCUGCUUCGUGUUCCUGGUGCAGGGUAGCCUCUAUCUGGUCAUCUGUGGCCAGGAUGAUGGUCCUCCCGGCUCAGAGGACCCUGAGCGUGAUGACCACAAGGGCCAGCCCCGGCCCCGGGUGCCUCGGAAGCGGGGCCACAUCUCACCUAAGUCCCGCCCCAUGGCCAAUGCCACUGUCCUAGGGCUGCUGGCCCCACCUGGGGAGGCUUGGGGCAUUCUUGGGCAGCCCCCCAACCGCCCGAACCACAGUCCCCCACCCUCAGCCAAGGUGAAGAAAAUCUUUGGCUGGGGCGACUUCUACUCCAACAUCAAGACGGUGGCCCUGAACCUGCUAGUCACAGGGAAGAUUGUGGACCAUGGCAACGGGACCUUCAGCGUCCACUUCCGACAUAAUGCCACAGGCCAGGGCAACAUCUCCAUCAGCCUCGUGCCCCCCAGUAAAGCUGUAGAGUUCCACCAGGAACAGCAGAUCUUCAUUGAAGCCAAGGCCUCCAAAAUCUUCAACUGCCGGAUGGAGUGGGAGAAGGUAGAACGGGGCCGCCGGACCUCGCUUUGCACCCACGACCCAGCCAAGAUCUGCUCCCGAGAUCACGCUCAGAGCUCAGCCACCUGGAGCUGCUCCCAGCCCUUCAAAGUCGUCUGUGUCUACAUCGCCUUCUACAGCACGGACUAUCGGCUGGUCCAGAAGGUGUGCCCAGAUUACAACUACCAUAGUGAUACCCCCUACUACCCGUCUGGGUGACCGGGGGCAGGCCACAGAGGCCAGGCCAGGGCUGGAAGGACAGGCCUGCCCAUGCAGGAGACCAUCCGGACACCGGGCAGGGAAGGGGUUGGGCCUCAGGCAGGGAGGGGGGUGGAGAGGAAGAGAUGCCAAGUGGGGCCAGGGCCAAGUCUCAAGUGGCAGAGAAAGGGUCCCAAGUGCUGGCCCCAACCCGAAGCUGUGGUGUGACUAGAUCACAGGAGCACUGGAGGAGGAGCGGGCUCUCUGUGCAGCCUCACAGGGGUUUGCCACGGAGCCACAGAGAUGCUGGAUCCCCGAGGCCUGUGGGCAGGCCGAUCAGUGUGGUCCCAGAGUCAUGGGAGGAACCUAAGCCCUUGGUUCUUGCCAUCCUGAGGAAGGACAGCGACAGGGAUGGGGAGAUUUCAUCAGUGUGGACAGCCUGUCAACUUAGGAUGGAUGGCUGAGACAGGGCUUCCUAGGAGCCAGUCAGGAGGGUGGGGUGGGGCCAGAGGAGCUCUCCAGCCCUGUCUAGUGGGCAGCCCUGAGCCCCUUGUCCUGUGCUGAGCAUGGCAUGAGGCUGAAGUGGUGACCCUGGGGUCUUUGAUGUCUUGACAGAUUGACCUUCUGUCUCCAGCCAGGCCACCCCUUUCCAAAAUUCCCUCUUCUGCCAGCGCUUCCCCUCUACCACCCAUUGCUGAUGGCACACCCAUCCUUAAGCUGAGACAGGACGAUGGUGGUUCUCCCAGCACUAAGGCCACAGCCCAUCCAUGUGCUGUGUGUCCCUCUUCCACCCCACCCUCUGCUGGCUCCUCUGGGAGCAUCCAUGUCCUGGAGAGGGUCCCUCAACAGUCAGCCUCGCCUGUCAGACUGGGGUUCUCCCGGAUCUGGAUGGCGCUGCCCUCUCAGCAGCGGGCAUGGGUGGGGCGGGGCCAGGCCGCAGAGCAUGUGCUGGAUCUGUUCUGUGUGUCUAUCUGUGGGUGGGGGGAGGGGAGGGAAGUCUUGUGAAACCACUGAUUGACUUUUGUGUGCAGAACCAUGUUCUUGGAGCAGGAAAUAAAGCUUGCCCCGGGGCACUGGA